GUCCAAGGAUUUUUAAUUUGUUUUAAUAUUUAUUCCUCUACAGUCUACUUUAUACUUGAUACUUCAAACUUCAGAGUUUUGAUGUUGUAUUACAAUUUAUUUGAAGUUACACGAUCAUGAGAUCUUAUUAGACCUCUCUGUUUCCCAUUAAACAGAAAAUUCUUAAUUCAUCAAAAGCUAUGUUGUUGUAUAUGUCGUGUUGUUGAAUAAAAAAAUGUACAAUAAGUAUUUGUUUAAAAGUUCUACUUGUAAAUCAAUAGUCUUUAACAUUUGUCUUCGGUUUCAUUCAGAAUCAGUGAGAGUAAGAUUUGCGCCUAGUCCUACAGGAAAUCUCCAUUUAGGUGGAUUUCGUACUGCUCUUUAUAAUUAUUUAUUCGCAAAAUCAAAAGGGGGAAAGUAUAUUUUACGAAUUGAGGACACCGAUCGUUCAAGAGUGGUUAAUGGUGCUAUUGAUCAGCUUCAAGAAGAUUUAAAAUGGUUGGGUAUAGAAUUUGAUGAAGGUCCAAAAAUUGGUGGAUCAUUUGGUCCUUAUAUUCAGUCAGAAAGAUUGAGUAAUUACAAACUAGCAGCACAGGAGUUGCUCAAUAAAGGUUAUGCAUAUAAAUGUUAUUGUACUGAAAAGAGAUUAGAUCUUUUAAGAAGAGAUGCUAUACGUACUAGAAGAAUACCGCGUUACGAUAACAAAUGUCGAAGUUUAGAUGCAGAAGAAAUUGAACAAAAGAAAAAUAUGAAUUUUGUUAUCAGAUUUAAGUUAGAUCAAGAUGAUGGCCAUUUUCAUGAUCUCGUUUAUAGAAAUGUUACUAGGAACGUAGCUGCUGUAGAAGGAGACCCCGUAAUUGUGAAAUCUGAUGGUUUUCCUACUUACCAUCUAGCAAAUGUUGUCGAUGACCACAAUAUGCAAAUUACACACGUUCUUAGAGGUGUCGAGUGGCAACCAUCGACAUCAAAGCAUAUCUUACUAUACAAAGCUUUUGGUUGGACGCCACCAAAUUUUGCACAUUUGCCGUUGUUGAUGAAUAUAGAUGGCACAAAACUGUCUAAACGACAAAAUGAUAUUACAAUUAGUUCCUAUAGGCAUAAGGGUAUUUAUCCUGAAGCGUUGUUAAAUUUUGUAGUAAGUUGCGGGGGAGGCUUCAGUGACAAUCAAACAAAGAGUAAAACACGAAUUAAAACUUUAGAUGAACUUAUAAGUAAUUUUGAUAUAAGACUUAUAAAUUCUAAUUCAUGUCAAGUGCCAUGGGAUAAACUUGACUUUUUCAAUAGAGCUCAACUAAAAAUUGAACUUGGAACUGUACAUGGAAGAAAAAAGGCUGUAGAACAGUUGAAAUAUACUAUUGAAAAUGCGUUUUUGAAAAACGAAGCAGUCGAUUUGGAUUUAAGCGAAUCGCACUUGGAAAAUAUUUUGUUGUGGAGUGUCGAAAGAAUUACAAACAUAAAUGAACUAGUAAAUGAGAAUUUUAAGUUUAUUUGGAUGAAGCCAUCAGAAUCUUCUCUACAAACUAUGAAUUAUGAUAAAGAACUUAUAAUGCAGUUAAAAGAACAUCUACUCAAUAUGGAUAGUUUUGAUGUUGAUAAUCUAGGGGAGACGUUACACAAGUUUUCUAAAUCAAAUAAUAUUAUCUACAGUAAAUUCAUGAAAACUUUACGUAAUAUUAUUAGUGGCCUGAAGCAAGGGCCAAGUGUAAGUGAAAUGAUGGUAAUCCUUGGUAAAGAAGAUGUGAUUGCUCGUUUAAGUAGAGCAUGUUAAUUAAAUAGUUCUAAAUCCAUGCUAAAUUGUAUUUGUAAUCGCCAUAUACUAUUAAUAGCAAUGAUACAUUUGACUUUUAUUUACUUUUAUCAUCAGGUACCUAGAAAUAAUAAAAAUAAUGUUAAUUAAAUAAAUAUUUCUGAUUUUUCAUUUUUAACAUA